GUCUGGGUUUAUUCCCCCAUCCUGCCAAUGAUGGUCGCUGCCAUCACUGUGAGCUACUAGAUACAACCUUACGCUACAAAUAUACUUCAAUCCACUGAUAUGCGACCGUCCCUGACUCUCUGGAAUCUCCUCCCGAUCCUCCUCUUUCUCUCUCUCUUUCUCUUUCUCUCGCUCCCGUUCUCCUUUUGGGAAAUCAUGGUUUCACGAACCACAUCGGAGACAUCCACCCAACAGCAGGCAUCUCUGGUUGACCGCUACAAAACUAACCCUCUCGCCUUUCUGACAUGCUAAUCUACCCCUCGCUGUUGCGUAAUAGAUUAUUCUUCAUUAUAUCGGUCUUUAAUUGUUGGUUAAUCACGUAUACUCCCAUCGGCGAGAUGAUGGAGCCAUGGUCUGGAAUAUCUUUGGAACGUCCGAGAAGCUGUCAUUGUCUGUCUAUUACUUACUUACUACUAGUAGUAAGUAUUUGCUCCCACCUCAGCCUCAUCGGACAUGACUUCCUGGCCAACUCUCCGUCACAUGGCUUGGCUCAUCUGUUGGCCACUGACCACCACUGGCUUCCAAGACUCUUCUGAUGCUGACGAUUAUCGAAGCGGGGUAGCAUAUCUGGGGAGAAUUCAAGAGGUUCCGAAUUCUCAUUUGACCGUCCCUUGGAUAAUCACGGGCCACGGCUCCCAUUGAAGAUUUGCGGUAAAGGUUAAGUUGCGCUCCAGCCCGACCGAUCGGAUCCACUAAACUAGCUUGUUUUCUGGUGAUGAAUCAGAGUUUAUUCUCGCCAACAGUAACAUUGGUUUGGGGCGGGAUGGUAAACUGUAUGAUAAAUGCGAUCAUCACUAGGCGUAGUUGAAAUAGGAG